UGGUCGCGCUGGCCUGCUGCUGCUGCUGGCUGGAUGGCUGGUUGGGUCGGCUAACAGCAGCUGCACACAGCGAGACUCGGCCGGCUUUUAUCCUCGUUACCACGGCCGCCCUGGUUCCAUCAGCACCGCCCUGACGGCUCCGUCCGGCCGUCCCUCUAGUUCAUGCGAUCUCCACUCCUUUCUGGCCCAUCGAAGGCGUUUUUAAUUUAUGAAAGAUGUGCGUGGAUCGGCUGUGGUGGUCUGGCUUUGGCAUCGAUCACGUCUUUCCUCCGCCGGCUGUGGAAAACCCUCCAGCCGUGCUACGCGUUGCCGGCCGCCGCCCACACUUUCCUACCUUGCCACCCACCCAACUCGUUCCCUACCGUCUGUAUCACUAAUAACCAUAAUAAAGUCCACUAGGUGCCACAUUUACUUUGUGGAUAUAUUCAGAGAUGGUGAAGGCAGCAUGGAAGGUGGCGUAAGAUGCUGCGUGUAGCGUGAAUCCUACGCCUGCCAGGGUUGGCUGUGAUGCGGCCGGCUGCACCCUGCUGCCACCUGGCGGCUAAAGCCUCACCGACUAACAUCCUGAUUAAUCACUUUUCAACGGUGUUUUCUUCCCUCUGGUGUACUAUCAUGAGUGCAGGAGCCACGGAGGAGGUCUCCGGGAGAUCAGACUGUGAGUGAGGGCUACUCAGAAGUCCGUGAGAGUAACAGGGAGGGAGAAAUAUGGAAUAAAAAAGGGCUGUGUUGGGUGGGAGCACGACCCCGCCACAGUCCCUUGUUCGGCGCGCCACACACUCGAGUCGCGCGGCUUGGUGCAGCGCUCAGCGGCUUCCCUCACACUUUUCACCCCUAAAAUCGAGGGUCCAGUGCCGAAAAUGUGCCUCAAACGUCGCGCAAGACCUGGAGCAAGGUGUAGUGUGUGAUGUGAGUGGUGAAUGACGACCGAAAAGUGAGAAAUAGAUGGUGAAUUCGAGGUGAUAGUUGGGACGGGCUGUGGCGAGAUCGGUUACUCGCGCCAGGAGACUGUCGCCCACUUUUUGCAGUGUAACUGGAAAUUGUGUUCCUAGCUAUGGUGUACCGCCUUCCUGAUCCCUGAGUGUACCCUGCAGGCGGAGAGUGACGAGGGAAGGUGGCGCCCUUAGUGGUGGCAUUGGUGUAGGAGUGGUGGUGAAGGCACCGCAGUGGUGGUGGUGGUGGUGGUGGUGGUGACGCUCGGCUACUCUCGCCGGGCCAGAGGUGCUGUUGGUCGAUACUGCCGGCCGCUGUUCCCUCACAACACACCCACUUAUUUUAUCCACCACGCCGCCCGUACGCCCUCUCCUCCACGCCCACGGCCACCACACAGGUUCCCCCAACAGGAGCGCCCGCCACCGCGCGGCCCUGGAGACCCUCACACCAUACAAAAAGGAGGCGGCGGGGACGGGCCAUGAGUGUGCUGGCAACGGACGGUUAUCAAAGCCGCCCCAGCACCCCCACCACCCCCCAGCCCCAGCCCCAGCCACACCAGCAGCAGCAGCAGCAGCAGCAGGCUCAGCAGCAGGCUCAGCAGCAGCAGCAGCAGCAGCAGCAGCCUCCUUCACAGCCUCCAGCACACCAGCCGGGAAUGAGGGUGUCCCCGGCGCCGCCUCUGACCGCAGGAACCAACCCGCCACAUCCCCCUCACUCCCCGCAUAUGUCUCCCGCCGUGGGAGGACCAGGGAGUGUGGUGAUGCCCCCCCACCCCGGCAGUGGUCAGAGUGACGGCCGCAGCGGCAACAUGCACACCCCGGGCUAUCCCCCUGGCGCUGGCCCCCCACACAUGCCCUCGGGGCCGCCCUCGGGACCCCACAACUACUCCUCCAAGAUUGGCCAUAUCCCUCCUGGGGCACCCCCUGGGCCCUCCUAUGGCCAGCCCACUUAUCAGGGUGGUCACCAGUACCCUGCAGUGAGGGCGCAAGGGCCCAUAAUGCAGCCGUAUCCCCAAAACUUUCCCCCAGGAGCCCCCCAGAGCUCCCAAGGUUCCCCUUCUCCCAUGCCUCCUGGGCCCCAGUACCCCCCACGGCCCCCGCACAACAACCACGUUCCCCCCAAUGCGCCAUACGGGUAUCCUCCAUUUGGGCCACAGGGCUGGGGUGCGCAGGGGCCGCCAGGGCCAGGCAUGUCCAGCUCCAUGAUGCCCGGGGCACCCUCCAUGGCGGGCAAGGGCGGCCCUGUCCAAAUGCCCAGCCAGGUAGGGCAGCCGGGCAGUAGUGUGAGUGGGCCACGCCCCCACACCCCUCCCCACACCCACUACAUGAAGCACAUACCCAAGUACAGCUCUUAUACGGGGCCCCAGAUGUACCCCAAUGGUCCCGGGAUGGCCGGCCUGCCCCCAGGUGGCCCAAACAGCAGUCGGGAGAGUCCCCAAAACAACAUGCCGCCCCCGACCUCUACCCCGCAGCCUCUCACCCCCUCUGGUGCCCCGCUGGACUCGGCCGACCAUGCCUCCGCCCCUUCCACCGCCCUCAGCAACAGCAAUCCACCCUCCAUUGGGCCGGACGGCAACCCUGUGGUGGAUGAGGCUUCACAACAGUCCACCGUCUCCAACAACUCAGCUGCCUCUGGGGAGGACCGCUCAGUGACCCCCAAGCCCCACAAGGAGGGUCCACUUGGGGGCCCAACAAUGCCCAGUGGGAUGGGCAGUGGCCAGCACCCCCCGUCACACCCCCCAACACCCAUCAACUCGGCCUCCUCCCCCGGCGCCGUCUCCAUGAAUUCACAACAGGAUGAGUUUGAGACUGUGAACUCACCUGGCUGGCCAAGAAGCCCCAGCACUCAGACGGUGUAUGCUAACAGUCAGCCACCCCCACCCCCAGACAUCUACAGACCAUCCAAGCCCGGGGAGAACCUUGCCCGCCUGUAUGAGAUGUCUGACUCCCCGGAGAGGAGGGCGUGGCUGGACAAGUUGCUGGCCUUUAUGGAUGACAACAAGACUCCCAUCACCGCUUGCCCCACCAUCAGCAAGAAUCCACUGGACCUCUACGCCCUCUACCUCCACGUGAGGGAGAGGGGUGGCUUUGUAGAGGUGACGAAGAACAAGCAAUGGAAGGAUGUAGCAGCAGUGAUGGGCAUUGGCGCCUCGUCGUCAGGCUCCUACACGCUGCGCAAACACUAUAUGAAGCACAUUCUGGCCUAUGAGUGCAAGUUUGACAGGGGCGGUGUUGACCCCCAGCCCAUUAUCAACCAAAUUGAGACAGCAGCCAAGAAGAAGACCACCAAAACUAUCUCUGUGCCCUCACCUGGGUCCUCAAACUCCCAGGACUCCUUCCCUGCUGGUUCAAACUCAAGCUCUCUCGAUGGCUUCACCAAUGGGCCCCAUGUGACGGGUGCCCCUGGGGUGCCAGGACCAUACCCCCAGUAUCCCCCAUCUUCUGAGUACGGAAGUCAUCUGCCCCAGCGCCAGGCCACUCAGGCUACAGCAGGGUAUCAGGGGUACCAGGGGGGCCAGUACCAUGGCUACCAGGGUAUGCAGGCAGGAUACACCCAACCAGGGUACCCCAACUCUGGCUACCCCCCAGACGGACGUGGGUACCCUCCGCCAGGCCCUCCCAACCACCAGGGCAGCUAUCAGGGCUCCUAUCAGCAACCAGGGGGAUACCAGCGUCCUGCCUAUACCCAGGGGCAGCCAGCGUUCCAGCAGGACCAAUACCCAGGGAUGGGAACUAGCGGCAGCAGCUACGGCAACUCCCAAUUGGCCAAGCAACUGCUGAAUCCCCCACGCAGCGCUGCUCCCAUAUACCAAGGGUAUCAGGGCGGCAGCAUGUACCCGCCCCAGAAGUCAGGGUCAGCCCCCAGCCCUGGCCCCCCUGGCCCGGCUGGUGCCCCUGCCAGUUUUACUACCCCCAGGCGACAUCCAGACUUUGAGAAGACACAGCCCCCAGGCUGGAGGACCAACAGUCAAUAUCCAGGGUUUGCGGGGCAGAGCCAGGCUGGGCCACCUCAACAGCCUUGGAGCAGACCCAAUGACUCCACACCCCCUGGAGCUCCUGCUGCACAGUGGAGUCAACCCAGGUUUCCAGGAGCCCAGCCUCAGUUCCCUACUGCAGUGAGUGGUCGAGGGUGGUCAGGAGGCAGCUUCACUCAGAACGUAGGACCGCGGGUACAAGGGCCAGGCGCCAAACAGAAUUACCUAGUUCCUCCGGGGUCCUCGUUCAAGUGUGGUGGUCUGUAUGGCUAUACUGGGAAGCAUCAGUUCCCUCUGGACAGCGUGGAAGCAGUACUCCCGGUGCUAGCUCGGAGGAAACGCAUGACCCGCACAGACCUGCCCACGUGUGACCCUUGGAGACUCCUCAUGUCCCUCAGGUGUGGGUUGGCAGCCGAGGUGACGUGGGCACUGGACGUGCUGAACAUCCUGCUGUUUGAUGACCAGACAGUGGUGUAUUUUGGGCUCCACCACAUGCCAGGGUUGCUAGAGGCCCUGAUUGAACACUUACGUCGCGGCCUCAUCAACAUGUUUGACAUCUGCUCAGAGCUGGAGCUUGGCCGUGAUGAUGAAGCUACAGGCGCCAACAAGAGGGUCAAGGCGGAGCAGCACGAUCAGUCAGACCGGCCUUGGUACCUGCGACCUCCACCCUCACCUACCCUUGAUCUGGACUUGGGACGGCUGGAGGAUGACGAUCCAGCUAACAAAGAGGAGGUGCUGCGUGGCGCUGAGGAUUUCACCCUCAUCACCAAGACUGGCAAGAGCGUCAAAUUCGUGCGGCGGGAUGGGGAGCUGUUUCUGCGGGAGGGAGUUCGGGAAUGGGACAAAUGGGAGGGUUUCAGUUCUGGGGUAGAUACGUGGUCUGUGGGAGGGGGGGAGUGCACCGCCCACAUCAUAUGCACCAUGCAGAGCGCUGUGCCACCUCUGGCUUUCACGCGCCUCCUCCCGGGUAAGGAUGGAAAGGUAGAUCUUGACCUCCUGCUUCCCCGCAUCAAGGAAGAAGUGAAGGAAGAAGUGAAGGAGGAGAAGAUGGACUUGCAGGAGGAAGGACCUGUCAAGAAAGUGAAGGUGAGGGAGGAGGCAAUGGAGCAGGAUCAUGAUCAAGAUCAGGAGGAUAAGGAGAAAAUGGAGGUGGUACGGGUGAAGGAAGAACCAGAGGACCAGCCACCAGAGGAGAUGGAGACAGAGGAAGAGGAGGCUUCCACCACCACCAACAGCACUCCAAAGCCACCUCCACCUCCACCUCCCUUAACGAAAAAGGACCGGGUGGCGGACCUGCUGGCGGAAAUGAAGGAGAAGCGGGUGGUCAAGAUGGAGGACCUGGCCAGGGAGAAAUGUGACAACUCCAAAGACAACAAAGCCACCUUUGGGUCACGGGCCAACCGCGUCAACAACUCGGGCAAGAGCAAGUUGGAUGAGAUCUUCAAGCGCUUCAGCAAGGAGCCACAGGAGUCUCAUACUAGCGACAACAAAAAGGCUGCAAAGGAGACAAGCAGCAGUAAUGGAGGCACUGCAGCCAAAAAGGAUAGUGAGCCUCUGUCAGCACAACCUCAACCACCAUCACAGCAGCAACCACAGCCAGAGCAGGACAGCAGCAGCAGCAACAACAGCAACAGCAGUAGUAACAACAACAUCAGUAACAACAACAGCAGCAGUAACAACAAUAACAACAGCACCAACAACAACAGCAGCAGUAGCAGUAGUAGUAGUAUUGGUGGAACAGCUGCUGUGGUGAAGCAGGAGCAGGUAAACAGUGAGCCAUCUUUGGCAGAGAAAAGACCUGAGGAGCAGGCGGUAAGUGUGCUGGCCAAGCGGCCAGCCCCCAAGGAACGGCUGGAGAGGCGAGAAAGUGGCAGCUCGAGGCGAGACAGUGGCUGUUUCAAGCGGCCGCACGAGGACCUUGAGGAGGAGUCAUGGAGUCCAGAUGAGGCCUCACUGAGCACCACAACGGAGGGGCAAGACUGGCUGGCACGUCGCGUCAUCUGUGUAGGCACCGUGAUACGCAACCUCUCCUUCAUCCCUGGCAAUGAGGACAUCAUGAGCAAGUCAGCCUCACUACUGGCACUGCUUGGAAAGACCAUCCUCCUGCACCAUGACCACCCACGCCGUACCCCCUCCACUGCACAUUAUGACCGUGACGAGGAGGCCGACUUGAGUGACUGGUGUAGCUCGCUGGCCCCCGACACACACUGGUGGUGGCCAUACCUUCACCAUGUACACGAGAACACGCUGGUCACUCUUGCCAACAUGGCUGGCAAUCUUGACCUCUCAGUGUACCCUGAAGAGAUCUCCCGCCCUCUGUUGAAUGGCCUCCUGCACUGGGCUACGUGUCCUGCCUCUUAUGGUCAGGAUCCCUUCCUGGCUGGUGGCACCUCCCCCCAGUCAUCCCUCUCCCCACAGCGGCUAGCCCUUGAGGCGCUAGUGAAGCUGUGUGUGCUGGACCAGAACACUGACCUGGUGCUGGCCACGCCGCCCUUCACACGUCUCGAUAAUCUGUGCGGCCAGCUGACCCGCUUCAUGUGUCGUGGCGAGGACCAGGUGCUGCGGGAAUUCUCCAUCAACUUGCUGCACUACUUCUCAGCAGCAGAUUCCGGUGUGGCGCGCGUCAUCGCCAUGCAGAACGGGUGCGUGUCUCUGCUGGUGGCCUUUAUUGAGGAGGCAGAGGCAGCGGCCAUGAAUGUGGCCAAUGUGCAGGGGGUGAGUGCCCUCAAGGAGAACCCAGAGCUGAUGGGCACCAGCCUGGACAUGGUGCGACGCUCUGCCAACACACUGGUGCACCUUUCACGGGUGCCAGCCAAUGCACGGGUCAUCUCCGGCACUGAGAACCGCCUCCUCACGCUGGUCAUGAGCCAAAUCCUUGACACCUAUGUGGCCUCCCAGCUAUCCCAGGUGCUCUUUAAUGUGGCUCACUUGCAGGGUGAGGUCUCUGAUUGCUCCCCUUCCCCUUCCCCUCCCUCCUCCCCCACCUCUGCACAGGUCUCAGAUGCCUCAAGCACAGCCACUCUCCCUCCCCUUCCACUACCCCUCCCCAUCCCCAUGUCUGCCCUUCCCCCAGUGUCUCUCCCAGUUCCGCCUCCCAUUGCAGCCCCUGUAGCCACACCAGCCCCUGCCCCAGCCGCUGCUAACCCUGCUAGUGCCCCAGCCAUCACCAAUCCUGCCCCAACCACUGGCCUCACCACAGCUACAACUACAACUCCGACCUCCACCCCAGCCUUAACCUCCACCUCAGCCCCAACAACAACAACCACCACCACAACCACAACCCCAACUCCUGCCACAGCUCCAGAUGCCCCUACAGAUCCCAAGUCCCCUGCUGCUGAUGCCCCAAGUAACUCCACCCCAGCUUCAACCCCUGCUGCUACCCCAAUACCAGCCACUAAUCCAGCCCCCUCCUCCCCAACCCCUGCCCAAGCCCCUGCCCCAACCCUGGCUUCAGCUCCAGUGGUAAAUCACGACUCAGCAGCCCCAGCUGAGUCUGAGAAAAGCAGCAACACGUCAGGGAGCCCCGGCCCGGAGCCCACUACAACCCAGCCCCCCUCCUCACCCGCCACCACUACUACAACCACUAACACCACCACACCCUCCACCUUAUCCUCCACCACUACCACCACCAUCGCUACAACCACCACAGCCACCACCACCACCACCACCACCCCCUCACUCCCCACAGCAUCAUUAAGCUUAGGUAAACACUCCAGCUUAUCUCCUUCCCCCAACCCUGCUCCCUCCCUCCACCUGACCUCCCAGAUGGCCCCCCUCCCCGUCAAGGCCCCCUCCGCUCCCCCCACACAAACCACAAAUUCUGAGUCGACCUCAAAGUGCGAGUCCCUGGCGGCGGCGGCGACGGUGGAGCCCCCGGCAGCCAACUCCUCAUCUUAGUAGCGGGCGGGGCCGCCUCUCAGCCGCGUGUGGUACAAACAGUGUGGUGGGGGAGCCGCCCCCCAGGGUCCCUCCCGGUCCUAGUGUCUCAGCCGGACCCUGGACGGACCACCUCAGUGAUAUCGAGUCCUACCAGACAUUAGGACUCUCAGUGUUGUGUACAGUACGUAAAGUAAGAUGAUGUGUGUCCUGCUGUAAGCAGUGUCUGUGAAUUAUUCUAAAAGUGCGAAUGUAGCCAGCAAACAAGUCUGUGAAAGUCUGUGUAUUUGUACUUUUCAAUGUACAGAAGUCUGUACUCAUCUCAGCUGUAUUUCUUGGAUUUAAAGAAAGUUGUAGAAAGAAAGUAUUCAGAGAA